CUAGGUACCUUUGCAGUGUCAGCAGCUAAUAUAGAAAAGCCGAACAAGAGGAAACAGCAUCGUUAUCACAUCUACAUCUCCGUUCUUCGCUAAAAACUCCAUCUCUCCUAUGCUCUUCAUCACGGUACGGAACCAGCCAAGCAUGAACACAUGAGGUGGUUUACACCAUCUGCUGCUUUACCACACCUCGCUUGUACCUGGAGAGUUUGUUAGCUAAACAAAACCGCUGUUGUUAUGCGAGUUACGUGACGUAAUCACAUCUCUAGCUGCUGAGGAGAUUUGUUAAUCCAGGUGUCCAUUUACACAUCUACCCCCUCAAUGGUGGUGACUCUGACUGACAGUGCAAGUGUUUACCUUAGCUAUAACCCUAUGAUGUCCUUGUGAGUUUGUCUGCGAGUGUAUGAGAAAGCGAGCAUCAUGUCGAGGCCGGACAGGGCGAUCAACAGUGAAGCAGGAGACUGGGGUUACAGUGAAGAUGCUGGGGAAAGAGCUUGGCUUCUUCAGAGCCCCAGUGUAGACUCCAUCCAGCCUCCCAGCCAAUCAGACGACAGUAGGGGAGGAACUUCAUCACUCGGGGCUGUUUUUAUUGUGGUGAAUGCUGCUCUGGGCGCUGGACUUCUCAAUUUCCCUGCUGCUUUUAACAUGGCUGGAGGCAUCACAGCCGGAGUGACGCUUCAGAUGUGCAUGAUGGCCUUUAUCAUCACUGGGCUGGUGAUUUUGGCUUAUUGCUCUCAAGUGAGCAAUGAAACGACCUAUCAGGAGGUGGUUCGUGCCGUGUGCGGGAAGGCUCUUGGUGUCAUAUGUGAGCUGGCCAUUGCUGUUUACACCUUUGGCACCUGCAUAGCCUUCCUCAUCAUUAUUGGCGAUCAGCUGGACAAGCUGAUCGGCGCAAUAAACAAUGAGUCAGAGAGGGAGAUUAGUUUGCACUGGUACACUGAUCGUAAGUUCACCAUCACUUUGACCUCAGUGCUGAUCAUUCUGCCUUUGUCUAUACCUAAAGAGAUUGGCUUCCAGAAGUAUGCCAGCACCCUGAGUGUUAUCGGCACCUGGUAUGUGACAAUCAUAGUCAUAGUCAAAUAUAUCUGGCCCAGCAAAGACGUUUCUCCAGGAAUCAUCCCAGUCAGACCUGCAUCCUGGACGGAUGUGUUCAAUGCUAUGCCCACAAUCUGCUUUGGUUUCCAGUGUCACGUCAGCAGCGUUCCUGUUUUCAACAGCAUGAAGAAGCCAGAAAUCCGGCCGUGGUGGGGAGUUGUCACAAUCAGCAUGAUCAUCUGUCUCUUUGUGUAUACAGGCACAGGUGUCUGUGGCUUCCUAUCAUUCGGCUCAAGUGUAAGCCAGGAUGUGUUGAUGUCAUAUCCAUCUGAUGAUGUUGCAGUGGCCAUUGCUCGAGCCUUCAUCAUCAUUUGUGUUGUUACCUCGUAUCCAAUUCUCCACUUCUGUGGAAGGGCAGUGCUGGAAGGCUUGUGGUUGCGAUUUAAAGGAGAGGAGGUGGAGACGGAUGUGGCAAAGGAAAGGAGACGCAGGAUACUGCAGACUCUUGUCUGGUUUUGUCUAACGCUCAUUCUGGCUCUCUUCAUUCCUGAUAUCGGAAGAGUCAUUUCACUCAUCGGUGGUUUGGCUGCGUGCUUCAUUUUUGUUUUUCCAGGAUUGUGCUUGAUUCAGGCAAAGCUUUCAGAACAUGAUGUCCGAUCAACCAGCUGGAAUGCAAUAGUGGCCUACGGGGUCAUCAUGGUUACGAUUGGCGCUUUCAUCUUUGGCCAAACUACCACAAAUGCCAUCUACAAAGACAUCAUCAACAGCCCGUAGAAGGGUUUGCUGUGACUGCAUGAAUAGUAGACCUUGAACUAACAGAGACAAAGUGAAGAUAUGGGAAAGAAGGCUGUCAAAAUCAGACCACUGACCUCUAUUAUGUGUUCAGGAGGCUGUUUUAAGUUCCUCACAUUGUAAAGCGCAGCUGUCCCUCUGAAGUCUGUACCUCCUGAUGUAGUGGAUCAUCCACCAGCAUGCAGCAUCAUAUCUCUGAUCUGGAACUAUUGAUCCUGUAAAGGAAACAUCGAUGACCUGACUGAAUUGUGGACAUUGUGUUAAAUUCUACAAUAUUAGAUCUUCCAAAUAUGCUUUUUUUUUUUUGCAAUUUGCCUGUUUUCUUUUUUAUAUAUUUUUAAUAAACUGAUUUGUGAUUUUUAUGAAAGCCUUAUAUACUUGAUGUUGUAAACGUGGUCAGUAUUCAUAAUGUUUACCAAUCGAAUGUUAAUUUCUUUAUGGACUUGCACUGCCAAACAUGUAAUUCUACAGUGUUUGUCUGUACAUAUAAGCCACUGUAGGCCAGAAGUGAAAUCUGUACUUCAGGAUAUUUUGAAGAAUGCUUUUAUUUUAAUUUGAUGCAUGAAUGUUGUUUCUGUUUAGCUACAUUUUCUAAAUGUGCACUUUGUGAAAUUUGUUUACACCCUGGGUGCCCAAUCUCUGGUAUUAAAAGUUCACUGAAACGCAAUGAACACUAGACGAUUUACUUGAAAACUUCAGGUUUAAUUCAGCUUCAUUUAUAAGGGAAUGUAGGUACAUUGUUCGGGUGAAAACGAACAUUUGUCUAGAAUAUUUCUUUGAACCAUUCUCCAAACAGCUUGGGUGUAAGUCACGUUGGUGUGCGGUAGUGACCUCAUGUUUUUCUGUUCUUGAAGGUUCAUUUAUUAAGGGACUGUUCUCAUAUCCCAUCUUAUGGAUUUAAUGAUCAACACUAGAUGCAUGUUUCCACAAUCGUGUAUUAUUGUAUGUUUCAGUGCAAUCGAAUGUUCCAUAUUAUGUCAAUAAAAUGUUUUUGUGCUC